GUACCAAACUAGAUAGCAUUUUGUUUAUGUUGUGAUUAAAAUAAUAAGAGAAAAUUAGAUAAUUUUAUGAUAAAAUGGGCGGUACUCGAUGCGUAUUUCGUGACUGCCAAGUCUCAACGCAACGCAAUCCCAAAAUGCAUUUUUUCAAACUGCCAGUUCGUGAUCCAGUUCGCUUGGAAACUUGGCUUAAGAAUUGCGGCAACGCUGACAUUUUAAAUGUUGCAAGGGAGAAACUAUCUAAUCGCGCUGUUUGCGCGCGUCACUUUCGCUACGAAUGUUUUAUGAACUAUAAAUUAGAUCGACUAAUACCAAAUCAGACGCCCACUUUGGUACGCGUCAGUAAGGAUCUGGCCUGGGACAUGGAACACCUCGACGAGAAUGGUGAGGCAACACUGGUGAAGCUUUCCAUGCCCACAUUGGAGCAUUUGAUACCUCCCGAAAAUUUCGAAUGUCCACUUGGUUUCACCGAUGACGCUCGAUUUGGACGGAAAUACAUAGCGAAAAGACGAACGCCGCCCAAGCCCCUUAUCCUUGAGUCAAAUAAAAGACAAAAACUUGUGCAUGAGCAAGCGAAUAAAACUGAAACAUCUAUAAUCGUCGACCCUGGUAAACUAGAACAGCCGCUGAGUGGAAAAGACACACACAUGGGGCCUUCAAAUGUAACAGAUGAGAUGCAUGAAGACUAUCAGCUUAAAUAUGAGCAUUUGAGAACAGAUUUUGAGCAACUCUCUAAAGAGAAUGCCGAUUUAAAGCAAACAAUCGAGAGACUAGAAGCUCAAGCUGAAGUAUUAAAAAGCUCCUCCUCUACCUCUGUUACACCACAAUUGACCAAGUCGCAGCUGUAUAACGGCAUUAAAAAGUAUCUGGGUACAACAAUGGCUGCACUCCUGCGCAUGGAAAUGUUCGGCGGCGCAGAUCGUCAAUGGAAAGAGGAUGAGCGGGACUUUUCCAAGGAGCUGUUACAGUUGGGCGAGCAUGUCUAUACACACUGCUGUGAUGAAUGGCGAUUUCGGUUGCCGUCAUUGCGUAUGGCACGCAGUUGGCUGGAAGAUAAACAUACCGAAGAAAACGAAAGAGAAGAGCUAUAAAAGCUAGAUUAUCAUAUUUUUAUUUGACUAAAUUAGCAGCCGCAAAUGUGCCUUUCGCUUCUUAUAUUGGCAACUAUCUUAAUAAGAUAUAUAAAAAACUUACUCUUAUACGACAGUCUUACUUAGUUUUGGCAUCAAUGCCAAGCAUUCAAAUUGUGACAAAGGUUCUGAAGAAAUUGAAUCUAUGUACCUUCCGCAAUCUUUAUGACUUUUUUAAUCUGUGCACAAGGUCUUCACGUAAAUCAUAAUUGCUCGUAUUUUAAAAAUGCGAUUCGGAAUUAA